AGACUGAUGUAAUGUGGAUGAGGGGCGGACGAGACGUAAGAUGUCGGGAAAACAUUCUAAACUCGAGAUCGAGAAAGCUAUAACAGGAAUUAGAGAUGAUCUUGACGAAUUAGAGACUAUCAAAGAACGUAUUACAACCCGUUUAGACUCUCUGCAAGCACUUUACACGGAAAACAUGGAGGAUGAUAUCUCCAGUACCAUCAGUGUCUUGUUGGAGUACAUUCCAGGGGUAGGAUCACUGUAUCAAGCAUCGCGCACCUUCGUUAACUCCCUGCAGUACAGCAAUGAUUUAGCAGUCAACCCCGUCGCAUUGAGCAUUAUCGGGGGCACCAUUAAGGAUUUUCUUCAUUUCAACAAUAUCCACGAGGAAGGCGUAGUAGUCACUGUCCACUCCCUCUUCGAGAAUUUGACCAAGGAUGCUUUCGGUCGCAUCCUUGACACUUUGGAGGGGCACAUGUCAAACCGGGAGAAAGUUAAGUCAGUUGUGCAACGUUAUCUUAGAGUGGUCAACCUCAAUAAGAAGUGUUUUCUCUUGGUGCACCAUGUGGAGGAAAACGACCCAUUCCACAAGCGCUUCCAAGAUAACAGAGUAAGGCUUGCAAAGUAUGCCUUGUCUAAGGGUGCGGUUUACAAUGGCCUUAUUUCUUACGAUAGAUACGCAGACAAAUCGUUGAUUAGUGUAAGCGUCCCACUUGGCUUCAAGGAAGGGGCCCCGGUUACGGUCUCAUGGAAACUUGACCAAACUUGGGCUGGUAAGCAAAAUGUUAUCGUCACAACAAAGGGGACCUUUGGGAAGUGUAAUAUCAACACUUCAAAUCCAGACCAGCUGUCGGUUGAGAUUGAAAUGCUAAGGAACGAGGCUUAUUAUUGGUUUGAUGGUACUCUGUAUAUUGGUAACCUGGAAAUGUUGGGCGGUGGUGAUGAGCCAGAGGAGUAUCAACUGAACAAUAGUUACAUUGAGUUGAAGAUGUUUGCAAAAGAUCCAAACGACCCCCUUGGAAAUAUUACGAGGCUUGACAUAGUACAAAAGUCAAAGGAUUGAGCAGUCAAAUUCUGGGUGGGGAAAUGUUGUUUCUCAAAAUAAAAAUAUUACUUUUAUCAAACCAAAACUUCAGAAUUCCCCCUGCCCCCUUUAGCCCCCUUCUCUUACUGUGUUUUUGGAUACUCAUAAAUUGAUACUCGGAGGGCUCCGGGAUGUAGGCGUUGAGUUUCAUCUUUGAAAGGGCAAGGACAAAUCGGUCAGAUUUGUCGUGGUGGGGGAAAAGUUAUGUCUGAAAUAUCAACUGCAAUUAAACAUGAAUUUCUAAAUUCUUCGAGAUUGCAGUGGUCAAUGUUUGUGCUUGAAGUUGGGCUUUUACUUUAAGGUUUAGGAUUUAUCCUUCGACUUACCUGCGAGUUCAAGAAACAUAUUGUUAGCAGUUGGUCUGUUAGCCAAUGCUAUCAACGUAACUGUGUUAAAAACGGUUAAUUAUAAUAUUUAAUUUUGAGAACAUUACUAUAAAAUUGCGAAUUUCAGCACACCUUUUUUUAGAAUUGCUGAAUGUAGUAUUGCCAUUUUUUAGAAGAUGGAGAAGUGUGGUCUUUCUUGCCAGAAACACAAAUUAAUCAUUAUCACAGUUAAAUUUUGUCAUCUUUGUGAUAUCAUUGUAUAACCUAUAUAUUAUUAGUAAUACAUAUUUAAGAAUGGAAUGGGUUUUUAUGGAUUCUUUAGCUUUGCUCAGUAAUGGAGAGCGACCCUCCAUGUACAAAAUCUCCUCUAGAGUUGUACAUGUAGUUGUAGUAAUAUUAUUCCUUCUUUUCAGAACCACUAUUAUACACAUAAUGAAUGUUUAU